UUUUUCAUUUAGUGCAAUCGGUGUAGGAGCAAUACAAGCUAAUAUGGCUGUAUUUGGUGCUGAACAAAUUCGAGGACAACAAGCUAUAGCACGAUAUUUCAAUAAAUAUUAUAUUGCCGUCAAUACCGGUUCUUUCCUUGCUUUUGCUAUUAUUGCCUAUAUCCAGCAGAAUGAAAACUAUUUCUUAGGUUAUUGCAUUUCAAGUGGCUUACUUGGUAUUACUAUUAUAUUGUUUCUUGCGGGUUAUAAGCAUUAUAAUCAUGUGAAACCACAUGAUUCUGUCAUAACUAAUUUUUUUCCUGUUUUCUUUAAUGCAUUUCAAUCAUGGCGAAAAUAUCAACCACAUACAACUAGAAUAUUUAUGAGACGUCGUUCAUCUCAUAAAGCAAUGUUAACAAGUGAUCAGUAUGAGAAUAUGGAUGGUUCACCAUUUAUUGUUAAUGAACAACGAAUACCAUUUUUGGAUUAUGCUAAAGUAGAAAAUAAUGGUCGUUUUCAAGAUCGUAUUGUUGAUGAUAUAAAAUCACUUCGACGUAUUAUUGUCAUGUUUCUACUUUUAAUACCAUAUUGGUUAAUAUACUUACAGAGUGAUACAACAUUUAUUAUACAAGGUGUCCAUAUGAGAGUACCAGCAUUUCAAUCAAAAACACGACAUAUGCCUGUAUUAUGGCUUUCUCUUAGUGAUCAAAUAAUAGUUAUACUUACUCUAUUUAUUCUCAAUACAUGUGUAUAUAAAUAUUUUUAUAUUAAAAAUCGUCUGGUUUCCAUUAAAAUACGUUUUAUUAUUGGUAUGAUAGCAGCAACAAUCUCCAUGUGUCUAACAGGCAUAACCGAAAUAUUUCGUCAAAAGAAUUGUAAUAAUUCUUUUCAACAAUCUAUCGGUAAUACGAUCUAUAAUACUUCUGAUAUGUCAGUAUUUUAUCAAUUACCACAAUAUAUAAGUAUAGGAUUAUCGGAAGUAUUUGCUUCAGUCACUAGUUUAGAAUUUGCUUAUUUAACGGCACCACAAUCAGCACAAUCCCUUGUUAUGAGUCUUCGUUUUUGUUCAAUUGGUCUUUCAUCAUUUUUAGGUUCUGGUUAUAUAAAUGUCUAUGAAAAUUUUUAUGGAAAUUUUUCUGUUACAAACUCAGAGUGUAAAGAUGCUGAAAAACCUGAAUUAUUUUAUAUUUAUUUUUUUGUUUUGGCUGGUAUUCAAUUUAUUUUUAUUUUUAUUUUUCUUGGAUGUGAUCGUAAAUAUCACAUAAUCAAAGCUUCUCAACAUCGAUUUAAUACGAGUUUAUUCGUCGGAUCAACUUCUGAAACAUCAAAUGCUUAA